AUGCAGAGUGGAGUAAAUCAAAAUAAAAAUACCAAACACAGGUUUGAAUGUUAUAACUGUGGAAAGCGAAGACACUUUGCUAGAGAAUGUCGUGCUCCAAGAAAAUUUAAGUCAAGAAAACCUCAACAAGAAGGUGCAGAUAUGUUAGCGUUUUAUGUAGAGAAUAACGCGUCUAGCACAGAAGAGAAUACUUGGAUUCUAGACAGUGGAGCCUCUGCACAUAUGACUUAUAGAAAGGAAUUCUUUAUGGAAUUGGUUGAAUGCAGUCAGAAGAUAAUAACUUUAGGAAACAAACAGUCUGUAGAAGUGUGUGACAUUGGUAAAGUGUUGAUAAAAAGAUAUAUAAAUGGACAGUGGAAAUCCAGUGAACUACUUGAUGUGUUGUAUGUCCUAAGUCUGCGAAGAAACUUAUUCUCAGAAGGUGCCAUAAUAAGAAGAGAUUACACUAUUAUAAAGAAAGAUUCAAAUGCAUUGAUCUAUAAAGAUAAUCAAGUGGUUAUGAGUGCCAGGAUCAGAGAAAAUAAUUUAUAUGAGCUGAAUAUAAAAGCAAUCACCCCAGAUAUUUGCAACUUGGUCCAGAAUAAUCAAAGUGAUAUCAAAAUGUGGCAUGAGCGACUGGGACAUCUAAACCUAAAAGAAAUUAAGAGUAUGUGUGCAAAUAAUGUUGUUACAGGUUUGGAAAUUAAUGACAAUGAUAAAAACAAUUUUGUAUGUGAGGCAUGUGCAUACGGAAAGCAGUGCAGGUUUCCAUUUCACAAAUCUGUACGAGGAGAACUACAACCUGGAGACUUAGUGUACAGUGAUGUCUGUGGACCAAUGUCUUGCACAUCAGUUCAAGGAAUGAGAUAUUUUGUCUUGUUCAAAGAUGCAGUAACUAGUUACAGGCAUGUAUAUUUAAUAAAAAACAAAAGUGAUGUUAUGGAAAUGUUUAAGAAAUAUAAUAGUAUUGUGAAGAAUAAAUACAUGCACAGUAUAAGAAUAUUACAUACUGAUAAUGGUAGAGAGUAUGUAAACAAAGUUUUCAAGGAAUAUUUGGACAAAGAGGGGAUAGUACAUGAGCUAACUGCUCCUUAUUCACCAGAACAAAAUGGACGAGCAGAAAGAGAAAAUAGAACCAUAGUAGAAAGUGCUCGCUCCAUGUUGUAUGCAAGAGAUGUUCCACUGGAGCUGUGGGCUGAAGCGGUGAGCUGUGCAGUUUACAUAUUGAAGAGAACUUCUUCAAGCCAGACUCCGGGUAAAACACCAUAUGAAUUAUGGAAUGGUAUCAAACCACAAUUAGGUCAUUUGAAGGUGUUCGGCAGCGUUGGAUAUGUACAUGUUCCAGAUCAAUUGAGAACUAAAUUAGAAAAGAAGAGUAAAAAAAUGAUGCUUGUUGGCUAUGAUAAUACCAAUUACAGAAUGUAUGAUGUAAAUAAUAAGUCAAUCAAAAUUUCAAGAAAUGUGAUUUUUGAUGAACAUCAAACUCCAGCAAUAAGAAAGAAUAUUAAUCAGAUAUGUAUAACUGAUGAAAAUGAAGAAAAGAUACAAAAUGAUGAAACUGAAGCAAGAAAUGUGGAUGAAACACUAAUGGAAACUGUAGCAUUACAAUCUGAUGACAGCUUAUUGAGUUGCAACAGUGAUGAUCCUACAUAG